GAAAUACUCUCUGACUCUUCUCCUUGCUGCUCAGACGUUAACAGCACCCGACAAGGGAAAGUAAAGACAAACAAACACUGUUCUAGUGUGUUUUUGUCAUGCAGAGGAGCUGACGGGCACAAGGGGAAAAGCAAAGUGACAGGUUGGCAGACUGCGAAAGCCCUCGCACUCACACUGGGUCACCAUGCCAGACGAGUCCCGAGGUAUCCAGGACGGGGGGAGGCCUGGAGCAGAAGCUUCGCAGCUGUCCUUGGUGCCAAAUAUUGUUGUCGUCUCCAACGACGGGGAGGGCAAAGUCAACGGGCGCAACAUCAUUGAGCUGGAGGACUUCACAGACAACUUAAAGCGCUCUACUAAAAGCAGAAAUGGUAGCACAGGCAGCCUCGUCAUCGGAGGCGAGUCAGGACUUUCCGUACAGGUGGGAGUGGCCAAGACUACACAGGCCCCCGAACCAAACAAAGCCAACUCUUUGGUGAAGGGAGCAGGUGCAGAUCGUGAUAAGCUACAAAGUGACAGCAGGGCUUCGAUGCAAAAGAACAGCUGCAGUGAUUCGGACUACGGCAGCUCAAAAUCCCUUCCCGGUUACGGCGGCGCGAGUUUAAGCGCUGAUUCCUGUGACGAAGAGCUGUCUGAGCUCGAUGGAAACGUAUUCGAAAAGGCUAGCCGGAUCUCUCCCAUCAAUCUGUCUGAAUCCAGCUUGAACACCUCUCAGCUUGAGCAAACCCCUAAAAACAGUCAUGACAACUAUGGCAUUGAUUCUAAAACUGACGUGACUACUAAAGCAAAAACAAAAAAAUCACUGAGUGGAAGCUCGCCAGAAUUACCCAGUGUUUCCCCCAGGGCCAGCCAAUCCGGGGACAGCAUCGACAUCAGGUGGGCCAACGAAGACGACGACCGACGAAGCAACCUGUCCAGGCAGACUGUGAUAGAGGGCGUGUGCUGCUGCUAUCAGGCCACCCACAGGGCUUGUCUGCAGUGCGUGGAGGAGACUCCGUUAAUGGUGUCUGGACUGGUGCUGACAUUGGUCUUCAGUUUGGUCAUUAUCAUCGUCCUCCUGGUGGCGAACGCUGUGCUGUUUGCGUGCGUGAACGCCAUGGGAGUUUUUCACCUGUACAGGACUAAGAAAGACCUCCGGAUAUCCAAUCAGAAGCGAGAGGAGUUCAGCGCCAUACGCUCCCAGAAGGAAAUAAAGAAAUAUCAGCAGGAGCAGCUCCUGCUGUCCGUGUUGCCACGGUACAUCGCCGUGGAGCUGAAGACGGAGGUAAUAAGCAGGCUGUCGAAUCCCAAGAGCGACGACGAGAAUAAGUCAACCUCACACAACUUUCACAGCCUGUAUGUACGGCAGCACAGAGACGUCAGCAUCCUGUACGCCGACAUCGUGGGCUUCACGAAGCUGGCGAGCACCUGCACACCCGAAGAGCUGGUCGCUGUGCUCAACAAGCUCUUCGGCAGAUUCGACGAGAUCGCCAAGAGGAAUGGGUGUCUUCGCAUUAAGAUCCUGGGGGAUUGCUACUAUUGUGUGUCUGGUCUGCCUGACCCCAUUCCCACCCACGCCAAGAACUGUGUUAAGAUGGGGUUGGACAUGUGCACUGCCAUCAGUAACCUGCGAGAGGCAACCGGGGUGCAGAUCAACAUGCGAGUAGGCGUUCACACGGGCAACGUGCUCUGCGGCGUAAUUGGCUUGCAGAAGUGGCAGUACGACGUGUGGUCAGAUGACGUCACCUUAGCCAACCACAUGGAGUCCGGAGGUCUCCCUGGGCGGGUCCACAUCACAGAGGAGACGCUCCAACACUUGAACGGAGCGUACGAAGUUGAGGAUGGGGACGGGGGGAGUCGGGACCAUCUUCUGAAGGGCAGAAAAACAUACCUGGUGAUUGACCCCAAGAAACCACACCGUCCUCCCAGGAGGCACGGACUGCCCAGCCAUCUUACACCAGGGGAGAACAGGCAGCGAGCGUCACUGCGGAUGUCUCAGUACCUCCAGUCCUGGAAGAGCGUCAACCCCUUCGAAGGCCUAAGCAACCCCGAGGCCAGACGGCCCAAGAAGUCAACCACCGAACGCCCGGUUUCACAAGAUGACUGUUUGGUCAUUGAUAACAGUGUUAGGGGAUCGCUGGACACGCUGGACAUUAAAAGGAAGAGAGCAAAGAAGCUCAACUGUUUGACUCUGCUGUUCAACGAUAUCAACUUAGAGAAACAGUUCCGCUUUUCAGAAGUGGAGGGUUUGCACCACUCAAUGAGCUGCUUAGGUUUAAUUUUCGUCGCUCUUUUCACCGUCCAGAUGUUGGUCUCUAAGACGAACUUCGUGAUGGCGGUGUCCUACGGUGUGACCUUUGCAGUGAUGGUGGUGUUCUUGUUCAUUGCUUUCACCGGAUACUUGGAGAAAUGGCGUUCCAAGAUGCCGGUGGGUGUCCAGUGGAUAUCUGGGCUAUCCCGCGGCGUCGCCACCAGGGCUGUGCUGCGGUUGUUUGUGAUCAUUAUCUGUGUGCUCAUCAUUCUGCUGAUGGCCNAUUUAAAUUUCUUGCAGCACUUCCUCCCUGGAAAUAACUGCACCAGCAUAGCCAACAACACAGAGUGGGAAAGUUUGAAACUCCAAACGCUGCCUUAUUACCUGUACUGCUGCCUGCUGGCCAUGCUUGGAGUGAUUGUGUUCACCAGGACAUGCAUGUCUGUGAAAACACUGCUGCUCACGCUGGCUGUCGUGGUUUACCUCGCCCUCUUCCUCUAUGUUUUCGAGUCAAGAUCAACCUGCCUCAUCGAACUGUUUUAUAAUGGUUCCAAGCCCGGAGUCCUGAAGGACCCUCAAAUCAUGUCUGGGAUUUGGCUGUCCAUCUUUUACAUUGUAUGCAUCAUACUGGCCAGACAGGACGAGCUGAGCUGCCGUGUAGAUUUCCUGCUGGAGCGCUGUUUCAAGACAGAGAGAGAUGAGAUGGAGACCAUGGAGAACGUCAACAAGCUCCUCCUGCAGAACGUCUUGCCACUUCACGUCGCCUCUUUCUUCGUGGGCAAAAACAUCAAUAACCAGGACCUGUACAGUCAGUCAUAUGACUGCGUGUGCGUGUUGUUUGCAUCGGUGCCUCAGUUCAAGGAGUUUUACAACGAGACGAGCGAAAACAACGACGGCCUGGAGUGUUUGCGAUUCCUCAACGAAAUCAUAUCAGACUUCGAUGAGCUUCUUUCAAAGCCCAAGUUCUCCUCGGUGGAGAAGAUUAAGACCAUUGGCAGCACCUACAUGGCCGCUGCAGGGCUGACACAGUUGGCUCCAGGGGAUGAAAGAAAGAAAUGUGACAUGUCCUACAGCCACGUGCGCUCCAUGGUGGAGUUCGCCAUCGCUUUGAUGGCCAAACUAGAAAACAUCAACAAACACUCUUUUAACAGCUUUAAAUUGAGGAUUGGGAUCAACCACGGCCCAGUGAUUGCAGGAGUCAUCGGAGCCCAUAAACCUCAGUAUGAUAUUUGGGGGAACUCUGUUAACGUGGCCAGCAGGAUGGAGAGUACAGGAGUACUGGACAAGAUCCAGGUGACCGAGGAGACGUCCCAGAUGGUCCAGACUGUGGGAUACGGCGUCACUCUCAGAGGAAAAGUGAAUGUGAAGGGGAAGGGGGAGCUCACCACCUACUUUGUUAACACAGAUCACACGUCUCCUGAUUUCUGAUCAAGCCUUCACUGCAGGCCAUGGCCCAGACACAAGCUGCUGGUGCUUGUUGUUUGUCUGUAGCAGUCAAGCUCACACUUGCAUGACUCAUUCUGGGGUUUUCUUUUUUUCUUUUUCCACACGGAGAAACACAAUCAGUGUGAAGGACUUAAAAUAAAACACCACUGUAUGUUCAGCCAGGCCGGCAGUCAUUAUAGACACCUGCACGGCCUCUGUGUGAUGUAACGGCAAAGGUCAACACCCGGCAAUCAUUCACAUUCACCGAAGAGAAGCCACCUCAGACUGGUCAAAGGAAGGCGCACAACUGCAAGCAAGCAACCGAAAGCAGGGAGCUUUCCACGCAUGCUGCCUACUGUUUCUGUACUGUAUCUGUGUUUCAUGUGAAACUGCUGCAGACACUUUUCAUUGUGUUAUUAUGAAAACAUUAAAUGAAAUAUGGUUUUUUUGGUACAUUGGUUGUGGCUGAAUCACACAAUACUCGUGUAUGAAGUUAUAAGGUACCAAAGAUCACUGCUGUUAUAUGAAGGAUCUUAUAGGAUUUACAUUUAGAGGAUUUUAUUUUAGAUUAUUUAUGUUUUUCACUACAGACAUUUAGGUUUUAGCUCAGAUAUCUUUACAUUUUUCACUUUUGUUUUUUUUUACUGUAUUGCUGCAUUUGCUGUCUUCUGAUAUAAUGACUCGUCAUUGAAGGAAAAACACUGGCACUGCUCAUAACUUUAGCUACACCCGUGAAAAGGGUUUAUAUGUGCAGCUGGAAACAGGUUUGGUAAUAUUUUUUGCUUUAACCUGAGGGAAUCACAAGCUGUUCCAUGGGAUAGGAAAGAAAAAUAUUUGUGUAAAAUAUAUUUAUUUUUGUGAUUUUUUUUUAGUAUUAUUGUUAUCUCUAACCUGUGGUUUUAUUGUGAAAUUCUGGGAAAAAAAAUGGACUGGCUGGUCAUAUGUCCUCACUGCUGGAGCCAGAGAGAUUUAAUAAAACCAUAUAGCUCUGAAAUAUGAUUUAUUUAUCAAGUGUGGCCCCAUAGCUGUCAUUAAUUAUGCUGUAAAACAUCAGAAUAUCAGUAUAAUUACGCCAUUAAAAAAGAGUCACAUGAUGCACAUUUGGAAAUUUUGCACUUUAAAAAGACUUAUUUUAUGUUUUAAAGGAUCCUAUUCUGAUUGUGCUCAGAAUAUUUCUUCGUCUUCUUUUUUUGGAUGUGUAUUUCUGUGUAAGUUGAAGAAUUCACUCUAUU